UUUUUUUUUUUUGGGGGGGGGGAUUGAUACUGACAUUAUGAAUGUAUUACUUUUGGGUAAUUAAAAAUCGUUUUAUUUUUUAAAGACCGCUAAAUGUCAUACCGUAUAUUUUAACAAUUUUUAAAAUCUAAAAAAGGAAAAAAAAAAAAAACAGAGAAAAAGUGUAGAUAACUGGUUAGAAGUUUAGAACCCUCAUCUGAGUAUCUCACUCAAACAUUGUAAUGGCAGUACAAAUUUCUGGGGUUUGCUUUCCAAAUUCUUUACCAAACAAUUGUCUAUGGCAACAUCAACAUCCUCUUAAUGAAAGACGCUCACUUGCAGCUUCCGCCUCAACUCAUCUGCAGUCCUCAUCCACUAUUCAGAUUGUUGGUGGGAGCUCAAGUUCGUAUAUACAUGGAACUGGUUGCAGCAUACUUGACAGCAGAAAGGUUGAGGAUGACUGGUUUGAUUUGGAUAAAGAUCUUCAUCACUGGAUUAAGGCACUGCGCCCUGUUCAGUGGUACCCUGGUCACAUAGCUAAAACAGAAAGAGAGCUAAAAGAGCAACUCAAACUGAUGGAUGUCGUGGUAGAGGUACGAGAUGCCAGAAUCCCAAUGUCAACAAGUCAUCCCCAGAUGGAUCUAUGGAUUGGUAACCGCAAACGUAUUAUAGUUUUGAACAGAGAAGACAUGAUAUCCACGCCAGACCGAAAUGCUUGGGCAGCCUAUUUUGCAAAGCAGGGAAUAAGAGUUGUAUUCUCUAAUGGUCAACUUGGAAUGGGAAGCAUGAAAUUGAGCCGACUGGCAAAAUCACUUGCUGAUGAUGUGAAUGUCAAACGACGGGCCAGGGGGCUACUUCCUCGUGCUGUUCGUGCUGGAAUUGUGGGGUAUCCAAAUGUUGGUAAAUCAUCAUUAAUUAAUCGUUUAUUAAAGCGCCGAAUGUGUCCUGCAGCUCCUCGACCAGGUGUUACUCGACAGCUUAGGUGGGUUAAGUUCGGGAAGGACCUAGAGUUGUUAGACUCUCCUGGUAUAAUCCCAAUGAGGAUCAGUGAUCAAUCAGCUGCUAUAAAGCUUGCUAUAUGUGAUGAUAUUGGUGAGAGAUCAUAUGAUGUCACUGAUAUUGCGGCAAUACUUGUUCAAAUGCUGGCGAGGAUACCAUCAAUAGGUACAAAGGCUCUUUACCAUCGCUACAGGAUUGAGACAGACGGCCAGUCUGGUCAAAUAUUUGUUCACAAGCUUGCUCUCAAAUUAUUUAGUGGGGAUGUUCAUCAAGCUUCAUUUCGCAUCCUUACAGAUUUCCGGAAAGGUAAAUUUGGCUGGUUUUCUCUUGAAAGACCUCCCAGGGAGAGCUUCUGAUGAAACUGAAAGCAAAAUGGAGAAAAAGUGAUUGGAAUUCAAAGGCGAGUAGUACUCUUGCAUAUAUUGUUGUUAUUGCUCAUUAAAAAAUCUUCAGCAGUGAACUCAGCCACAGUUAACCAGGAGAUAUAUAUGUGGACAAGCUGGGUAACCAUCGAGGAUUGAGCUAUGUUUUGACAGCUAUUAUUGGGAAGAACGCGGCCGUCGAAUGCUUUGCAGUGAUUUCAUUUGUCAUGGAUUACUGCUUUGUUUCUUCAUAUAUUGAAUAUCUUGUAUGGUACUGUACAGAGUAGCGGAGUAGCCAUCCUGUAAAUUUCAUGACUCCCAAGAGAUACACGCUAUUAGAAUUACACUUGAGCAUAUUGCAGACUGCUAGUGCAUAAUCAAUCAGACAAUGUGACGAAUGUGUUGUACUAUUGUAUUUGUAUACAGAACUAUUUUUUCUGCUUUUGAUUUGGUUGCAGUUUUGAUUACCCAGGUAUAGCAAUACUGAAUUCACAAGAUUGAAUUCGAUGUUUUUCUACUGAAAA